CCAGCAACAUUGCUAAAGCUUUGCCAGUAGAGUAUUAUAAUUUUCUAGCAAUAUUCUUCUAUUAUCUGCAUAAAAUCAAGAUAUUGUAGAUGUUACUCAGUUAAUUUGUAUAUAUUAGUUGUAUUCAAAGUGCACUUGCAGUGUUAUAUAAACAGUUUCAAUAGUGCGCUAGUUGCUUCGGCAAACCCUAUGCAUAUAGCUACACGAUACGUCAGUUAAUUGAAUGUUGGCUCUAAGAUAAUGGAUGUGGACUCUCCUAACAUAUUGAAAAGGUGCAGUAGUGCACCUCUAAUCAAUGAGGUUACGUCCACAACAGCGACUUCGCCCACAACCAGUACGGCUCCGAGAAGCACGUCGUUCUUCAACAUGUUCUCCAAUAGCAGUCUGCCGCGCACGCGCAGUAACAGUAUAAGUUGCAGUCCCCUCUCCGCUGCUGUCAAUAUUUCUAGCAUAACCGGGCGGCGGCUGACGCCGGUGAGAGUGAACCAGCUGAGGUUAGAAGAGAGCGCUGACGUCACCAACACGCGAGAGGUGGCGCACGAGCGGGAAAUACACACCACCAUGCAGAUUGGACAGUCCUACGAGGACCUCACGCUCAUCAGCGGCCUGAACUCACCCACUAGGGUAGCAAGGUUUUCCCCAGUGGUGUCUCCAUCGCCGACGCGAAAGUACACGACACGGCGUAGUCUAUCGCCGAACCCACUGCGGGCGUGCUCGUUCAGUCCCGUGAGCCGGCCCACCGUGCUGCCCGGCAAGCGGCGCUGCGACGACCCCGACGUGCCCAUGUCCAAGCGGCUGUGCACCGGCCGCCUCACGCCCUCCACCCCUGGCACGCCCGACUCCGACUCCCUCGAGUGCACCUUCAGGCCCGUCUCGCCCCGCCCCCAACCCAUGAACGAGACGACGAUAGAACCGGAAGAGAAUCACAAGUCGAGCCCCAGCUAGUAGUGUGUGUGCAAUAAGACUAAGUGAGAUUUGGGCGAAAUUGGUGAACUACGAGUAUUGUUAGUUUAUUUAGUCACUAAAGUUGAUGAAUAUUGAAUAUCAUAGUAAUGAGGUUACUAUACUCAGAGUAUGUGUAGCCGAUAGAUUUAGCGUGUAUCGAAAAUGACGUAAAAUAAUCGAACAUAAUCAAAUUAAUGGAUUGUUAGUAUCAAUUCUCUAAGGUUACGAAAUAUAUUCGUAUUUAAGCUUUUAGGCUGAAAAGUUAGGGCAAUGAAUAUCAAAUUUUAAUAAGUAGUUACUAAAUAAACUAAUGAUAUCGAUGAGGUUAGUGAUUGAACUCAUAGCCUAUGACGUUUAGUUCCUAGUAGCGAAGAACUCGUAAACUUAGUAUAGGAAUAAUAUACGCCCGUUUAUAGCCAAAGCAUCCAAAACUUUAAUGUAAAUAUUGUGUUAGUUACGUUCUAUAAUGAACAUAUUUUGUAUAUAUAGAGUCGUAGUUUGUAUGAAUAGCCAUUAUUUUAUGUAAGCUCAUGAUUAGGAGACUGUAGUCUCAUUCAUCCCGCCUUUACUAGCGUAGCAUUAGCCUUGUUAUGCUAAUUAUUCAUUUAAGUAUUUUACAGUCUUCAUAAUUUCUAUAUCAUAUUAUUAUCUCAGAAAAAUCUACCGCAAAAGUUGCUUCCCGCCUGUAUCGGAAGUGUUAUUCUGAAUUGAUUCUGAAUGAGUGUUAUAAAAUCCACGGAAUUUUCUACUGUGGAUUAUUAUUAUCCGUGGAUUAUACCUUCUAUUUUAGAAUAUUAUGAUUAUAUUCUAAAAUAGAAGGUAUGUGUAAUAUAGCGCUGAA